AGGUGGGAUCCCACCUGAGGGGAAAGGCACACAUAUCACAGACACUUUAAUUCUAUGUGAGAUCCUUUGUUUCUCAGUCUUUGCUUAUAUAUUCGUAUCGCCUAAUUCAUUUGCAACCAUAAGUUAAAAGCAACAACUCUUUAACGUCUCCAUUCUCUGUCAGUCACUACCACCAUACCACGACACCAAAAUCAGUUACAUUUGGCCAUGCCCCUCGGUUCUGUGGCUCCUAAACUGGAAAAUGAUGUCGAUGGCACUGUACUUGCUAACAGCACGCCACAUAGGCCGGAGUCUUGUGAUACAGCUCUGGCUUACCCUGUGCAGAACAGUUCCAGGUCCUUUCUACAAAGAACGUUGUAUCCCAUAACUUUAAAGUUUGAAGAGAUUGUCUACAAGGUAUAUUAUGAAAGAAAAAGAAGUUGUGGAGGGACAUCAACAAGCGCUAAAGAGAAAACAAUACUCAACGGGAUCACGGGCAUGGUUUCUCCAGGAGAGAUAUUGGCGAUGCUAGGUCCAUCAGGCAGUGGGAAAACCACCCUCCUCACAGCUCUUGGAGGCCGUCUCUCUGGAAAGUUAUCAGGAAAGAUCACUUACAAUGGCCAGCCAUUUUCAGGCUCUAUCAAACGCCGAACAGGAUUUGUUGCACAGGAUGAUGUCUUAUAUCCACAUCUAACCGUGUUUGAAACUCUUUUAUUUACCGCACUGCUAAGGCUUCCGAAGAGCUUGUCCAAAGACGAAAAAGCACAGCAUGUAGAGAAUGUUAUAGCGGAAUUGGGAUUAACUAGGUGCCAUAACAGCAUGAUAGGAGGGCCUCUGUUCAGGGGAAUAUCAGGUGGAGAGAAGAAGAGGGUUAGCAUAGGUCAAGAAAUGCUAAUCAACCCAAGUUUACUGUUGCUAGACGAGCCCACCUCCGGUCUUGAUUCGACCACAGCUCAACGGAUCUUAAACACAGUUAAAGGGCUGGCUAGUGGAGGUCGAACCAUUAUAACCACCAUUCAUCAGCCAUCAAGCCGGCUCUACCAUAUGUUCGACAAGGUGGUCUUGCUCUCUGAAGGCUGUCCGAUCUACUAUGGUCUUGCAUCAGCUGCCUUGGAAUAUUUCUCUUCCAUUGGAUUUUCAACAUCUGUUGCUGUCAAUCCUGCUGAUCUCUUGCUUGAUCUUGCUAACGGAAUUGGACCUGAUUUCCAGCAUGCUAACGACCACAAGGACAACAUCAAACAAGAUCCUGUAUCUGUGAGAGAAUUUCUCAUCUCUGCCUACGACAAGAAUAUUUCUACAGGACUGAAAUCUGAGUUGUGCAGUGCAGAUGUCAAUUACACAAAGGAAAGUUCUACAAGAAAUGAUGUGAAAUCAGAGAAAUGGUGCACAACUUGGUGGCAUCAAUUUAAGAUCCUGCUCUUACGCGGACUGCGGGAGCGAAGAUUUGAAGCGUUCAACAGAUUAAGAAUCUUCCAAGUCCUAAGUGUGGCAAUACUUGGCGGGCUUCUUUGGUGGCACACUCCCUCAUCUCACAUUGAUGACCGCAUUGCGAUGUUGUUCUUUUUCUCAGUGUUCUGGGGCUUCUACCCACUUUACAAUGCUGUUUUUACUUUUCCCCAAGAAAGAAACAUGCUAAUCAAGGAAAGGUCAUCCGGCAUGUACCGCCUCUCAUCCUACUUUCUAGCCAGAACGGUGGGAGAUCUUCCUCUGGAGCUAGCACUCCCAACAGCAUUUACGUUCAUCUUUUACUGGAUGGGCGGCCUUAAACCGGACCCAGCCACCUUUAUCCUCUCCCUUCUAGUUGUUCUUUUCAGUGUCCUUGUUUCCCAGAGUCUUGGCUUGGCUUUUGGCGCCCUACUAAUGGACGUCAAACAAGCUGCAACUUUAGCCUCAGUAACAACCAUGGUCUUCCUUAUUGCCGGAGGAUACUAUGUUAGACACAUCCCCCCAUUCAUAGCCUGGUUAAGAUAUCUGAGCUACAGCUACUAUUGUUACAGACUUCUUCUUGGGAUUCAAUACAAUGAGAAUGACUACUAUGAGUGUGCAAAGGGAGCUUAUUGCCGAGUUGCAGAUUAUCCUCCCAUCAAGGCGGUCGGUUUAAGCCAUUUGUGGAUAGAUAUCUCCAUCAUGAUGCUGAUGCUCGUGGGCUACCGUUUUAUCGCAUACCUAGCUCUACACCGGGUGAGAUGAAUGAUAACUAUUGACCUGGAGAAACAAGCUUAACAAGUUCCCUUUUUCUUCCACUGAGUAAUAAUGUUAGUUUAGGCAAAUGCCCACAGCCAGGUUUUGAUCAUAGACAACUAAUAAGUUCAAUGUAGUACCCUCUGGCAGUGGUCUAUAUAAAUCUGAUUCAGGAAAAGUUUGGUGCUUUGUAGCAUAUAUCCUUAGCAUCCAUAACAGAGAUGUGCAUGUAUAAGAAAAUAGCACUGAACAAUUAUUAU